UUUCAUGAUUCACUUGUCAUUUUGUGUUCAUACCGCAAACAACAAUGUAAUAAUAAAGGGUGUACUGUCUCCAGUUUUAAGUAGAAUUCUUUAACCAAACAGUUACAGCUUAAUCACGCACCGCAGUGUUAUUUAGUCAAAAUGCACACGGAAUACCGUUUGAAUCAUUUCACCGAUUUGUGUCAAGAAACAAAAAAACCACUCACGAAAAGACUGACGUACACCUGUGUCGAUGUCUCCAAUUAUAUCGUUUUUGGUGCAUCGUCUGGAAGUUUAUACAUCUUUCGUCUCAAUCCAUGCGAGUUUCUGCAGCUAAUCCAAAAUGUUCAUGGCUCCAUCACAAACGUUCGGAUAUCUCCGAAUGAAAGAUUUGUCGCCUUCUCCACCGACAAGGGAAUGAUUGGUGUGUAUCUAUUGGAUUUCGAUGCUCAGGAACCGAUUGUCCUGGUUUCGAAAUGCGAGGAAACGCAGAAAAUUACAUUCAUCGAAUGGAAAAACGAGGAAUCGCACCUGUUCAUCGGCAAUAAGAAAGGCAUCGUGUCCAUUGUCUUCAUUGACAUGCUGUUUAACCGAACAUUAACCGGCCUGCGCAUCAAUCCAAUUUUAUAUUUGGAAUCGCCCAUCGUUCAGAUCUCGAACUUCGAUCGCUUACUGCUGGUGUCGACAUACGCAAGGUGCAUUCUAUGUGAUAUGAAAACCGAACAAUUCAAACAGAUUGGAAACACGCCUCGGGAUGGGUAUUACGGUGCCUGUUUCUUACCGAUUUACAAUCAAUAUUCGGAAGUGUUUUUGAAAAUCUACUGUGCUCGGCCGGGCUCACGCAUAUGGGAAUCCGAUUUGAAUGGGAAUGUUCUCCAAACAUCACAAUUCAAGGCAGCACUGGCCUGUGCACCAACCAAGCUUCAUGCUAAUUACACAGGUCUACCGGAAGACUGUGUACAAGAUCCACAAAUCCUUCAACUGGCCCGUUUGCAUCCGGUGUUAAAGAAGUUCGUUCUCGGUUUUACGCGAACCGGAUUUUACAUUUUCGAUCCGAAUGAGUCACGUGUCGUUUUAUGGUCAGACGAAAUAAAGGAUAUCAUAGACGUUCGUGUGAGUAACUCAAACACCUUGCACAUAUUCACAUUGAACGGGGAAUUAUUUAGCGUUGAACUUGUUUCGUUGGAGGAACAGUUCCUUGACAUUCUCCAGGAACGAAAAUACGAACAGACGCUGUGCGCCCUGUUUCAACAUAGAGAUUAUUUGAGAGAGAAAUUGGUGCCAUAUCGAUUGAAGUUGAAACAAAUCCACGAAUAUUUGAAAAAUGUCGGCGAAGCGGAAGUGGUCAUGGAGCUGGAAAGCAAUUUCAAUGACAUUUUGGCCGGAAAUGACGAAAGCCUUUCGAGGAGUGCAACGCGUCUGGAAAAUGGUAUUUUCAUCGUCCAUCCAACUGUCUACGAUGAAAUAUUGCCCGAAUUUACGCAAACCCUCCGUAUAAACGGCGAGGCGCUGCUAAACGACCAAACAAAACCGAAUCAGAUCGAUCGAUUCGAAUCAUCGCCCGAGGAUUACGACACAAUUGUUUCGAACCGCCGACGAACCGUAUCAGCCAUUGUCCAUCAUCCACCAACGCAAUCAACCGCGACCAGCGAGGAAAAACAAUUGCAGAAUCUCGUCAUGAUAUGCAAAUCACAAUCAAUUUCCCGGACAACAUUGGUCGAUCGAUAUGCGGGCAUAUUCGACGAAUUGGACUGUUCGGGUAUCCAGGUGCUGUUGAGCAAAGUCGAAGGAUUGUUGAUUGAGAAUGGGGAAAGUGAAACGGAAGCUCGGCGCCAAUGCUUUGAGAUGUAUUUCAACUAUCUUAUGCCAAAUGUGAUCAGUGAAAUGGAAGAUCCAUGUCUGGAUUAUGUGAUUGACGGAAUAAUUUUAGUAAAUAAACAAUUAACGGAAACGACAUUGCGAUGUACACAAUGCACGUUUCCGAUACUUAUUCGAUACAAAGACUGUAAAUACGAGGACAUUGCUGUGGAAUGGUUAAAGUUGAUGUGGUUACGUGGUGCUAGAGACCGAUGCAUUAAAGUUAUGAAGGCAUUUCCAUCGGUCACAUCAAACAUCAUACAAAUGCUGUUCCAGGACAGUAAUGUCGAUUUAAGGCGCAUCAUUCUGUUGGUAUUUGCUAGUCAAUCGACUAAUCUACUGAAACAAGUCGCGAAGCUAUGCACAGAUGAUGCGAUGCGAGUGACUAUGUUUCAGUUAAUGGUUUUGAUGCAUUCGCAAAAGCAAAUGGAAUGCUUUGAAUGUUCGCAAUUAUCGCCGGUUCAGUUUGACGAUAAUCAAGUGUAUUCGUGGUCGGAUUUCUUGAAUGUGUUUGUUGAUGUUGCAGGUGUUAGUGUCACUUUGGACUUGUUAAAACGACAUGCUCGUCUCAUGCCAAAGGAUGUCGUUCCGAAAGAAUUUUAUUUGAAAUGUAUUGCCAACUAAGCUACGGAUAAUUUUAUUAAAUCUUGACUACACAAAAAUCUACUUGUCACAGAAUUUCCAUUCGUUCUUGAGUUGCUUUUCAGACUCAAAAGUUUUCAGUUUUUACUUUUCAUUACUUUGAUGAUUACAUCUAUCUUAUAUCAAUGGACAAAAAUUCAGUUCGCAAUGUCUUUUCGUUUGUUUGUUGUUACGUUUUCCUAAUAUACGGUGUUUAAGUAGAGCGAGAUGGAACAAUGGGUUGUCGUUUCGCCUUCUGUCUCACAUGCUCAAAACAAACGAGGCAUUGAAAACGUGUUUUGGUCCUAGUUU